AUGUCUUCAAACUCAGAUAUCUUUAAGUUCCCUCCAAAGGCAUUAACCUUUGAUGUUUUCGGUACGGUGGUCAACUGGCGUGACACCGUAACCAACAAAUUGAUCCAAAGUGCCGCAUCCAAAACCUCAUUCUCACCCUCUUCAGCAUCUCUCGCCCCAGAAGCCCGCACCAGACUCUCGCAACUCACCAACGAUGACUGGGCUCGAUUCGCCGAAGAAUGGAGGAAAUCCUAUUAUCACUUCGUCGUGAACUUCGUCCCUGGGAAGAGCCAAUGGCGGGACAUAGAUACGCAUCACUAUCUAUCUCUCAUCGACCUGCUCAAGAAAUGGGACAUUGCGGGGUUGUACAGUGAUGACGAGGUCAGGGAUUUGAGUCUCAUCUGGCAUUUCCUUGAUCCGUGGAAGGACUCAUCCGCUGGAAUUCAUGCCCUCGGCAAGAAAUUCGUAACAUCAACUCUGUCGAAUGGGAAUCAAACUUUGCUUAAAGACUUGCAGGAGCAUGGGAACUUGGGCUUCAAGUUGCUUCAGUCUUCCGGGGAUUUCAAGGCUUAUAAGCCGCAUCCCAGUGUUUAUAACGGAGCAGCUGAGAAGAUGGGGUUGAAGACUGAGGAGGUUGCUAUGGUGGCUGCUCACUUGACUGAUUUGAGGGCUGCGAGGGGGUGUGGCAUGAAGACGAUUUACGUGGAGAGGAGACAGGAGGAGGCUUGGACGCCUGGCUCGAAGGAGUAUGAGGAUGCGAAGACUUGGGUGGAUGUUUGGAUUAAGGAGGAUGAAGAUGGGUUUCUCGAGGUUGCGAGGCGAUUUGGCAUCAGCUGAAUAUUUAAAGUUUUUGAUCCGAGGAUCUUAUGAGACGAUGAUAUGCCUUUGACGUUGUCUCGUCUUGUAUGAGGAUGCUGGAUGCAUGACUGAUAGAGCAGCCGAGCAUAACUAAGCCUUGCAUAAAAGGACUUGAAAACCAUUUACAGUUCAUGAUGAAGCUCCGACAUUCACCCGCCUGAUUCUGAAUCAGAUGUCUCUCAUCGGUAAUUAGGCUCAUCCCAUCCUUAACUUAAAUAUGGUUUUUGAGUUUUCGAUCCUCGCAAAGGUACGCGCGGCUGAAAGUUGGAUGUCGAUCAGAUUACUUUAGCUGUAAAAAUAUCCUUUGAUUUCAUCUUCACCAUCUGUCCCGCGUGUUGGCGCUUCCGGGUGGAACGGCUGGUCCGAUGCUCACAGCCUCAGAGACCUCUUCCUCAGAAGUCCUCGAGACUGUGGACGAGAAACGGAGUUAUCUGAAUCGGAAGGCUUCCGAGGCUGAGAUGGAUUGGGAUUAUGGAUAAAGAUAGGGGGCUCGGCUAGCAAUCCCAACACCCGGUUACGGUAGAAGAUGUGCGGACUCGAUUUUAAAAUUCGGCCAGGGUUCGAGAACACCAUUUUGUUGUUGGUGGAGGCUUCUGAAACGCAAAAUCGCGGAGACGUUAACUAAAACGGCCUUGCUCAUCUCGGGGUGUGCUGCGAGAUUAUUCUGCGGUGGGGGAAGGUGGUAUUGAACCGCAGGGAUCGCGAGGCCGUCUGUGGUGAGAUCGUGGACAGUUCAGAGCUUCCGAUGCUUGAUUUCUUUUCAAAAAUUUAUUGAUCAGAUGCUACCAAACGCAUGUGAGAGACCAAAUCUUACGUUUCCUUUGGUAAGCACUUCCACCAGGUUGAGUCUCCCGAGGUAAAAAUGGAAGACCGUUAUUUGCAUGUCGUUAUCUAUCCGAGUCCUUUGAAGCUGGAGCUGUUGCCGGAGGUGGCUUGAGCUUCAUGGUAUUGUGGCGUCGUCGGGAAGUUGACGAAACGAGGAGCGGCUCGUUGAGAAUCGCGUAAAAUAGAAAAGCGCUUGGCCGUUUAUCUUCUGAAGGAGAGAGUCGCGUAAAAUUUGUGUAUUAUGCGUUCCAUGAGGCUGGAUCAGCCAUGCUCUCAACCCAAUGCGAUUGGAUUUCGAGAGAGGGUGGUUCCUGGCUCGUACCGCAAGAAACACCGCUUCCACGUGCCGUCAAUAUGCCACUGCUUGGAGAUCAGCAGUGCAGACUGCCAGCUUAGCUCAGUCUCAAAGUCAUUUACAGUACAGGUCGUGCUUGAGCCAGAAGCAAUUAUUAGUCUUUGUUGACUUGCUAGCACUCGGAGCCGAGACGUAAUACAACGAUGCAAAACCAGAACAGAC